AGCAAAGCGGCACCCACCAUCUUAGGGGCCAGGGGGAAACCCACCGCCCGGCAGGCGGACAGGAGCCCUUCUCCCCCCCGUUGCGCCUCGUCCCGCCGGGGGCGGGCAGAGCUCCCCCCGCCGCGGGGCCGGGUGUGGCGGAACGGAGCCUUGCGGCUGCUAACCUGGCCCGGCGGGGAGGAGUGAGAGGAGGAGCCAGAGCGGCCUGUGCGACAAAGCCCAGUGCGCAGGGAGCUGGUGACCGGGAAGCAGAAUAGCGCCAGGCUGCCGCGGGGCGGGAGGACCCCACCGGAGCUCGCUGCCCCACGCCGCCCCUCCGGGGGGUGGGAGGCCAGUCCUGCCGCCCCCCCGGCUCGGGGGUCGGGGCGGCUGCGGAGCAGAGCGAAGCGGGAGGGGGCCGGGCUGCUGCUAAGCCGCUUAGGGCCGGGGCUGGCAUGAGCCUCCCCGGCGGGGCGGCUGCGGGCUGCGCGCUGCGGCGGGGAGGCUGAGGGCGCGGAGCCGCCGCCGACGGGGGCUGGCGGUCCGUCCCUGAGGAGGAGGCGGCGGAGGGGGAGCUCCGCUCCCCGGGGGGAAGAUGGGGAACUGCCUCAAGUCCCCCACCUCGGAUGACAUCUCGCUGCUCCACGAGUCCCAGUCGGACAGAGCCAGCUACGGGGACGGGGCUGAGCCGGAUCAGGAGCCGCCGCCGCCAUAUCAGGAGCAGGUCCCUGUUCCUGUUUAUCACCCAACUCCUAGCCAGACUCGGCUAGCAACGCAGCUGACAGAAGAGGAACAAAUCAGAAUAGCGCAGAGGAUAGGCCUUAUUCAGCAUCUACCUAAAGGAGUCUAUGAUCCUGGAAGAGAUGGCUCCGAGAAGAAGAUCCGAGAAUGUGUCAUUUGUAUGAUGGACUUUGUUUAUGGGGACCCUAUCCGAUUUCUGCCGUGCAUGCACAUUUACCACCUGGACUGUAUAGAUGACUGGUUGAUGAGAUCCUUUACCUGUCCAUCCUGCAUGGAGCCAGUGGACGCAGCACUGCUUUCAUCAUACGAGACUAACUGAGCCAGGGUUUCUCCACUGAACCUUCCAGGAGACCAUCCACUUUAAUGGGUUUGAUCCUUUUGUCAUUCAGCCCAAAGAGCCAGGAAUUAGGAAUUAAGAUCAUGCACAAAGUAUACGUUUCCUAAUAAAUAAAAAAAUAUUCCUGAAUGGCUGCAAAUAUUGGAAAAAAAACAUAGUAUUUUAGAGACUAUAGAAAAGUAGGUUGUUAUUUUUAAUGUAAAGCCUUGACCCACCAUUGUCUUUUAAUGUUUGUUCUUACACCCAUAUAUAGGAAUUGUGUAAAGUGUUACAGCAACUGUAAAUGUUUAAACUGCGUGUAUCCAAUUUUAUUAGCAGCAAGAUAAGAGUAUUUUUUUUCCUAAAUAAAGUAACCAGUUUUGUUCUGAUUCUUUUCACAAGUCCUGGCAUUUGGGUCAAGGCUUUAUUGAAAUCUACAUUUUAUAACACUGGCACAAAGAAAUAGUUUUAAGCUUGUUUGCACAGUUCUUUUUUUUUUUUUUCCCUUUUUUUCUUUUUCCAUUGGAGAUGGAAUUCAUUGCCUUAGGUCUUUUUAAUAGUGUAUUGUUAUUGUUGGGCUGGCUCUAUGCUUGAAAACCAGUUUAUUUAUAACCUGUUAAAAGUGCUAUAUUUUGUUUGCAGUUAGGAAUAUGCAGACUUCAAAGUGAUCUCCUAGCUUGUAAGCAAACCGAGAUGCAUUAUCCCUUUUCUACAAGUGAUGCGGAAUAUGAAGAUACGAAACAAGUCCUACAGUGAAUUUAUGGUUUUUGUGGGGUUUAUAACUUGCUUUGGUUUUGAUGAAACAACAGUCCUUAAACUCUGUCACCUUUAACUUGAUCAGGUUAAAAGUGGGCUAGAUGGACAAUAAAUAGUUAAGUUACCAUGACUGAAAAAAACCCAAUAUAUUUGGAACUAAUGUAGCGUUAGUGUUGAUCACUUAUUCUGCUCUUUUCUCCCUAAAAAUGGUUGUCUCUGAUCAUAGCAAAUGGAUACUGCAUCUCUCGUUCUUGUAGUUCUUAGGUUAUCCGAAGUUAAGAAUAAACAUACUGUAUCUCAAUCUCCUGUAUUAAAUGUAUCUGUUAAGCCCUGCUGGCUGAUGCAUCAGUCCCCCAAGCAGAUAUGAAGUCAGAUAUGAAAAAAAAUAUAUUUUGUUCUGCACAUAAAUGCAAAAUUUAUAUAAACACAUGCUGUCAUACUAGCAGUUGAGGGGGAAAACAGUACUGCUAUAGCCAGAAUGACACAAUUAGCUAAUUUCUGUAGCAAACAGUAUGUGCUUGUUAAGAGAUGGUCUAACAAAGAUUGUAGCUGUAAAGACCUUUUAUCCACUUAGCACGUUUUUGUUUUGGGUUUUUUCUUUUUUUUUUUUUUUUUUUUUUCCUCCCCCCCCCCCCCCAACUUACCCUACUGUGACUUAUACAUUCACUGCACCGCUGAUCCAUUGCAAAGUCCGGGUGUUGCAAAAUGAGAUGCAAUCUCAAGUUAACCACAGCAAAUCAGGGAAUGUUCUUGACUGUGUUUCAUAUAUAGUUUGAGCACUUGAUACAACGAGUUGUGUUUAAAGACCCAAGUACUUCUAAGACUUAGUGUAAAUACACUAUAGAAGAAUUGUGCAUGUUACAGAUAACUUUUGAAGGGUUGGUCAGCAAAAUGUAGAAUCAAUAUGUUGAUUUAUUUAUUUAUUCUCACAGCUGACAGCAGCCUGCUCUCUUGGAGAAGAACUCCAAGUAGCAGUCAGAAGGAAUUGAAAGCAGUCUCCAGUUCUAGAGAUUCACUCAAAUUGCUACGCAGUUAUCUGGACACAGUUUUUUUGCUGAAUUCAUACACACCUAAUUACAUGGAUCAAAAAUCUGGGAAGAGAGACCUGAAGUUGUGCAAUAUCAUUGUUCCUUUUCAUCAUUCCAUGUAUGUUCCUUUCUGUCCUCCUUUUUUGGUUUGGUUUUUUUUUUUUUUAGUCAAAAACAACGUGGACAUUAAGUAUUCAUUUCUUUUCUUUACCGUGUUAAAACUGGCAAAUGAACAAUUUGAAAAAAACAGCAUUGUCAUGUUGGUAUUAGUAUUUAUUUAUUACAAGACUUGAUUAAGAAAGAUUUGGAAGAAAUAUGAAGUGACCAAUUAACGAGCUGAAUGCUUUUCUAGGUACUUUGUAUAGUUGAACUUUUAACACUGAUAUACUUACCGGGUUAAGGGAAAAAGUUAUUUUAUUAAAAUAGUUAAAAGGUGUGAAGGGCUAAAACUAGAGUUGAUUACACAAAAACAUUCCAAAAAAAAGUUCAAAUUUUAGCUGAAAGACAAAUGUGUAAAUAUAACAAAUAAAUUGAAUGAUUUUUCAAUUUUUUAGGUGCAAUGCUGUUCUGGAUGAUUUCUAAUUCAAAAAAUUAAUUGAUCUGAAUUUAAUGCAAAAUGUGUAACCUGAAUUUUAGCUACAGUUGCAAAACCAGAUCUAUGUCUGGAUGAAGAUAAUAUUGCCUCCUGGCUCAGAGGUGUCUAAUAAUAAGUUACUUACACGUCAAACAUGUUAGACAGUCCAGGUACAGCACAGCUCUUUCCUAACCAGAGUCUGCUGCAGCUCAGCGUGAGCGGGAAGGGCUGGCUCUUACUCAGCUGGACCUGUCCAACCAUCGCCCUUCCAGGCCAGGGCUGUCUGUUUUGGGGUGGACAGGCCCACAGUAAAAUGUCUGCAAAGCAAUUUGAAUAAUAAAAAUCUCCUCAUCCACAGUACCUGUAAAAGUAACCAAGGUUGUAGGUGCAUCAACAGUCAUCAAAAAAAGGUUGCUUUAAAGCAUUUUGCAGGGACGAUGCAGUAUGAUGAAAACAUUGAGUGCAACAGCGCUGUCUGUACUUCAGAACUGUAACUGGCAAAACAACCCUGGCACAGACCCAGAAAUAGCUGAGGGGAUCAUCAGGCAACAGCGCAAGAGCCAGCGAGUUGGAAAGUCAUCGCCAGGCACCACAGCCUCUCGUAGCAACCUCCUCUUGACCGAGAGCUGCCCUGGAAGUGGCUGCAGGGAGGGACGAGGGCAUCGCCGACAGCCACGAUGCUUGCACAGCAAGGAAGGUGUUAGGUCACAUUUGCAGAUUAUAGUAGGAAAUGGAUUUUGUUUCAUACAACAGAAGAAAACAAAAUUCCCACAAAUCUGAGGCAAAAGAGAUGCAAUGACAAGUAAUGAAUAUUCAAUUUUGUAAAGACCUUUAUGCUUAAACGUUCUUGCAUGCUACUGGAAUUACCACUUUAAUCAUUUUACAUCUAAGGAUGAUAAUCCUUAUUACUUGUUGCUAGUUCAUUAUGUAAAUCUGGGAAUCACAAAAUUUAUACAUAAACAAAACCCAGAGAAUUUCUUCGUGAGGAGCUAGUGUUGUAGAAGGCUUUUAACCACGUAAGGUUUUAAAAGUUCCUCCUAUGUUACAGCUUCCCGGGGCUGAAAGCGAUGAGGUGUUUGGGAGCGUGACAGUGCAGUGUUAGAAGGGUACGUUUCUAGGCUAAGGGAUUAUGAAAUACCUGAACUUACUUAAGUUGCCACAGUUUCAAGACUUUGACAUUUCCUGUCCUUGUGCAAUUGUGGUGAAGCUGAAAAUUCUUCUGAGUCAGACUGUCAGUUAAAUAAAUAACAAGAUGGCUGAAACCAAA